AUGUUCAAUGAGAAUUUCUCCUUUGGCCGGUCCCCGCAAUCACCUAAUUUCGACGCCAGUGUCGACGAUUCGACUUCCGCAGAUAUCUCGCCAUGCACGUCCCGAUGCCCAUCGCCCACUUCUCGAACGCCGGCACCCUGUCGCGAUUCUCGCUUCGACGCCUAUAGAUACUCUAGCAGCCCUCGUCGUUCCUCGAUUACGGCCUUGACGGCACAGUUGCAAUCCCAGGCCCUCAAUGACACCGAGAUGCCUUCCCCAUCACUGCCACUGAGCGAAGCCGGAUCCCCCGCAGCCUCGAUACCAGACACGGACGCCGACGAGGGCUUUUAUGAUGGACCGGAUACUCCUACGACUACAUUUUCCGACUAUUACGAGCCAGCUGAAACCGACCCUGCCUGGUGGGAUUUCAGCAUGUCCGAUUCCAUAAUUCCCACAUCCUCACCCCGGCCUUCACUGUCUCUCGAAGCCCAAGCCCUGUCCCCAUAUACCAUGCGCCGAAGGCAACGACAAACAUUGAUCAGGCUACAAUGCAUGGUGUCUCGUACUCCUGAUCUUGCCAUGCUCAUUGAAGAGUGCCACCCCAGUUCAUUACCUCUCGGCAAUGAUACA